UAUGUAUUGCGUAAUUUCACUGUAAACUCACUUGUUGCCAGAUACCGCAGUAGAGUACAGGUGUUUCUGAUUUCGAUUGAAAAAAAAAUGGGUAUCACAUUGUAUCAUUUUCCGCCGAGCGCUCCCUCCCGGUGCGCUCUGCUCGUCUGCAAGGCUCUCGGCUUGGACGUAGACGUGCAGAUCGUGGACCUCUUCGCCAAGGAGCAACUUAAACCGGACUUCGUGCAGAUCAACCCUCAGCAUUGCGUGCCAACCCUAACCGAUGGUGAUUGCACGAUCUGGGAGAGCCGAGCCAUCGCUUCGUAUCUGGUCAACGUUUACGGAAAGGACGAUAGUCUCUAUCCGAAAGACCCCAAGCAGAGAGCCAUCGUCGAUCAGCGUUUGCACUUCGAUUGCGGCACUCUCUACCCUCGCAUUCGAGCGAUCUGCUUCCCAGUGUUGUUCUUGGGCGAAGUCGAGAUUGACGAGGACAAGAAGGCGUCUCUGGAGGAAGCCAUCGGAUUCCUGGACAUCUUCCUCGAGGGAAACAACUUUAUGGCCGGCACCAAUUUGACCAUCGCCGAUAUUUCAAUUGCAGCCUCACUGUCCAGCAUCAUCGCUGUUGGUUGGGACAUUUCCGCCUACUCUAACGUGGCUGCAUGGUUCGCCAAGUGCUCUUUGGAAAUCCCUGGAUACGUGGAGGCCAAUCAAACAGGCGCUGAUCAAUUUGGAAAGGCCGUCAAGAGCAAAUUGGCUCCAGGACAAAUUUAAAAAUCUUCCAUAUUCUUUUUGUUACUUUUCAAUAAAAUUUCAAUAGCA